CCGCGAAUCAGUCGCAAAAAAGUGCCCGUCGCCAGAACGCUGAAAAAAUAGCAAACAAUUGAGGGAUAAAUAAAUAAAUAAAUUCGAAACAGAAAUAGUAACUGAGUGUGACAAGAAGCAGCCGAAAAGCGAGCGCUGCCGCAUAAUCGAAUUUUUGUGAGGGAUAUAGAAAGGAAACCGCCGAAAGGAUAACGAAAGCGCAGCCCCCGCAAACUAGCGACCCCUCCAUCAGUCCAUCAAUCCAUCAGUCCAUCCAGCCAGCUAUCCCCAUCCAGGUAUCCAGGAAUCCCGGCGAGAAAGGUGACCAAAAAGGAGCAGGAGCAGGAGCAGGAUCCACAUACAACCAAAACACAACAAACCCAAAACACACACUCCACAAAGAUGUCAUGGAGAUAUGCGCUUCUCACGGACCGAUACAGCAGCAGCAUCGGCGAUAGAUAUAGUCCCCACUAUUAUCAGUCGCCCAGCCGCAUGGAGACCUCCGAACAGACCACAGGACGCCAGUUGCAGCGCGUCCUGCACUACUCGAUGGCUCCUAGCCGGGCACUUCCAGGACUCAGGCGCGCCGAGUGCGCCAUCCACGACGUUGACUGUGAUGAGGUCUAUCCGGGCAUCUACAUUGGCGAUGCUGCGGCGGCCAAAAACAAAACGUAUCUGAGAAUGAUGGGCAUCACCCACGUCCUAAAUGCGGCCGAAGGAUGUCGCUAUGGUCAGGUGGACACCGGUCACAGUUACUACCGGGAUAUGCCCAGCAUUAGACGCGGCCAUAAGGAUUGUGUUUUUAGGUACAUGGGCUUCCCCAUGGUCGAUGCCCCAACGACAGACAUUUCUCGCUAUUUCUAUGUGGCCUCCAAGUUCAUCGACAGCGCCAUCAGCAGCGGCGGCAAGAUCCUGGUGCACUGCCUCGUGGGCAUGUCGCGAUCGGCCACCUGUGUGCUGGCCUACCUGAUGAUCUGCCGGAAGAUGUCGGCGGUGGACGCGAUACGCACGGUGCGGAUGAGGCGCGAUAUCCGGCCCAACGAUGGAUUCCUGCAGCAACUGGCCGAUCUAGACAUGGAGCUCAAGAGGAAGAACCUGUAUCCCUACUAAUGGGAUUCAAUUGUCGGAGGGGAGAUUCAACCAAAGAUUGAUGGAGAAAAUGAGAGGAACUGGGAGGGAAACUAACCAAAAAAUAAGAAUAUUAUUAUGAAACGAAAAUGAAAAUGAAAAUGAAAAUCGUUGUUCUAAACAAAAAAAAAAUUGAAGCCUACAAAGCUAACGACUUAUAAUGGUAACUUGGUCUUCUGAUUAUAUAAACUGUUCAUCCCCAAAGAAACUGUAUAAUCGCGGCAUACCCAUAUUGUAGGACUAAUAUAUACAAGCAGACAGAGUCAGAAGGGAAUCAAGUUAUCUUCACUCUCACAGACACUUAGAGACCUAGAAUUGGUAGAGCCACGAUCGAAGCAAUACGAGGCGAUCAACCUAUAUACCUUGCCUAUAUACCUAGACAUACAGAUUUAUAUACAUGUAUUCCGGACCCACAUCUCUACUCGUAUUUUUUGUAAGGCUCAUCUGUGUUAACGUUCUGUUCUGUUCCAUUACCAUAAAAAUCCCCUUACCUAUAUCCCUAUAUCUAUCCAUAUUACCCAUUACCCUUUACCCUUUACCCAUAUCCCAAAAUCAACUCUUCCAAAACCCAACCAUAUAUAUGUCUACAUAUAUAUAAGAAGAGCUGAAACUAGAUCAUGAACAAUGUUUGCGGACACAAACGUAACCAGAUGCAUAUAUACUGAUAUAUAACUGUGUAACGGAUAUACAAGCAUGCGUUAUAUACACCUAUACCAUAUAUAUACUAUAUACACCAAGUGUGGACAAUGUAAUAAAACCAAAUUCAUAUUUUCUAGAACAUGUACGGUGUUUAAGAGCUGACGAAACAAAUAACUAAACCAAAUCAAAUGAGCAGAACAAGUAACAAAAAACUAAAACUAUAGUUAAGAAGUGAAUAAUAAUAAAAAAAAGAAACAAAACAAAAUAAGAGCAAAGUUA